AUGUCUGAUAUGCCAGCUCGACAAUUACCAGUUCAGGUACGAGCCAAAUGCAGCCAUCUGACAUUGGCAGACCCAAGCUUCGAUGAACCGGCUCCAGUCGAGAUGCUUAUUGGCGCCGAUAUAUUUCCCCAAGUAUGGAAGAACAAGUGCAGCUCGUUGGGUCCAGGUUUCCCUUCCGCUUACAGCUCGGUAUUUGGUUGGGUGCUGAUUGGUCCAGUUCAGGAGCAUCCAGAUAUUGGUGCACAGGCCAUGUUGGUAUCGCUGGUAUCGUCCAUGGAAUCCAUCAUGGAAAGGUUUUGGAAGGUAGAGGAACCUGAAGCUGCUCCGCCUCAGUUCACCGAAGACGGAUUGUGUGAAGAAUUGUUUAACUCGGAGAUGCGCAGGGAUGCUCGAGGUCGGUUCGCGGUACCUCUUCCCUUCCGCACAGGCCGUCCAUUAAAAGAUUUUCCUGGUUCACGGCAAGUGGCGUUAAACAGAUUCCUGCAGCCGGAGAGAAAACUGUCAUCCGAUGAAGUCCUUUACAAUACAUACCGCAAAUUCAUGCUCGAUUAUGAGAGACUAGGUCAUAUGACUCUCGCAGAAGGUCCCGGUCAAUAUUUCAUUCCCCAUCAUGCGAUUCAGAAGUCCGAAGGGGACAGUGUCAAAUUGAGAGUGGUGUUUGAUGCGUCGGCAAAGUGCCAUUCGGGUGUCUCUCUCAACCAAUGUUUGUUGGUCGGGCCGAAACUGCAGCAAGAUAUCGUUGAUGUUUUGAUUGGAUUCCGCGUACACAAAGUGGCCUUCACCACGGAUAUAUGCAAGAUGUAUCGCCAGAUUGAGGUGCUGCCUCAAUACCGGGGUUACCAAUACAUCCUGUGGAGGGAAUCGCCACAAGCUUCGCUAAAAGAGUAUACACUUAAUACAGUCACGUAUGGAGUAAAUAGUGCGCCCUAUUUGGCGUUGCGAGUCCUCCGCUACAUCGCCGACACGGAAUGUGAAAGUUUUCCGGAUGUGAAAGGAGCUCUGCGUCAUCAGACUUAUAUGGAUGAUAUAUGUGUGGGUGCAGAGUCGUUGGAAGCUGCUAAAACGCUUCAGUUGAAUCUAAUCAACACUCUCGCCAGAUCCGGUUUGGAGUUAAAGAAGUGGGCCAGCAAUACGCCAGAAUUGUUGGAACAACUACGUCCUGAAGAUUGCUCCGGAGAUCUGCUGGCAUUUGAGCAAAAUGAUGCUACGCACGUCGUAUUGGGAAUGCGGUGGAAUCACGAUCAAGAUUAUUUCUCCUUCGGCAUUAACAAUUUCAAGAUGAUUCCUACCAAACGUGGAGUGUUGUCGAUGAUUGCCAGAAUCUUUGAUCCUUUAGGCCUGUUGGCGCCGGCAACGUUCUAUGCCAAGUCGAUCAUGCAACGGGUGUGGGUCGCACAGAUUAGUUGGGACGAUCAACUGCCAUCAGAUAUAGCUGAAGAUUGGUGUGACUUCUAUCAUUCUUUAGGUUGGCUGGUCGGAAUGAAGAUUCCACGCUACAUCGGUUGUUCCGCUGGAUGUAGCUAUGAUUUGUGCGGUUUCUCUGACGCGUCCACGAAAGGGUAUGCAGCGGUCGCUUACCUCCGUGUCACUGCAAAGUCAGGAAGUGUUGAUGUCUAUCUUCUAGGGUCCAAAACGAAGUUGGCUCCAAUGAAAACCUCGACGAUCCCACGGCUCGAACUGAGCGGAGCGGUGCUACUUGCUCUAUGGCUGGGAAGAAUCAAACGCGCUCUGGAGCCUCAACUAGAGAUUUCGAAUGUCUUCGCUUGGUCGGACUCGACCAUUGUGCUCUCAUGGUUGGGCAACACUCAUACCUCGUUUAAGACUUUCGUAUCCAACCGUAUCUUCCAAAUUCAAACCACGAUUCCUGUUUGCCAGUGGUUACAUGUUCGGUCGGAGAAUAACCCUGCAGAUUGUGCUUCUCGGGGACUUCGCCCGUCUGAACUCAAGGAGGCGACAUUGUAUUGGAAGGGACCUACCUUUCUGUUAUCGAGUGCCGACAGUUGGUCAACGGGAGUUAGCAGAAUAUCUCUGGAUCAGCUGCCGGAGGUGCAGCCUGCAUGUGUAGUGGCGCAAAGCCACCCUCCAGAAGAAUGGUAUGCUCGGUUCUCUUCUUUCGACCAUAUGAUCCGGGUAGUAGCUCGACUUCGCCGGUUCAUAUCGAGGUGCCGUAAGAUGGAUGUCGAAACCGGGUUCUUGAAGCAGUCCGAGCUCGACACUGCUCUAAUCAUGGUCGUGAAAAGCGCACAGAACUGCUUUUUCCGUGAAGUCAUCAGCAAUUUAACACGUGGCGAGGAAGUUCAGCGUAAGGGUAUUGCUCGCCUUUCUCCGUUCUUGGACUCGCUCGGGGUAGUCCGUGUAGGAGGUCGCCUCCAAAACACGAGUUGGUCCGAACGUCGAAGGCACCCGAUGCUGAUACCGAAGGAAGCUCACUUGGCAGUGCUUGUGACUCGCCAUUGGCAUAGCUACGCAUGCCAUGCCGGUCCGCGGUUAUUAACCGCACUUGUUCAGAGACGUUUUUGGGUAGUUGGCAUUCGCCUUGUGGUCCAUCGGGUGAUUCGCAGAUGCAUAAUUUGCGCUAGGACCAAGCCCGUAAAUCCUCAACCAAUGAUGGCUGAUCUGCCUAGGUUUCGUGUCCAGGAAGCUCAUCCGUUUUCUGUAGUUGGGAUAGACUAUGCCGGUCCCUUGCAGAUGAAGGAACUUAGCCUGCGAAAGGCACGUAUCGUGAAGGUAUACAUUGCAGUAUUUGUGUGUAUGACCACCAAAGCGGUGCACUUAGAACCGGUAUCGGCCCUUUCGACUGAGGCCUUUCGGUUAACGCUAGAUAGAUUCGUGGCUCGUCGUGGUCUACCGUUGUCGAUCUACUCCGAUUGUGGCACCAACUUUGUCGGUGCAGCGAGGCAGCUGCGACAAUUAGUCAAUCAUCCGGAUACUAGGGAUCAGUUAUCCGGGCAUAUUGCGUGCGAGUGGCAUUUCAAUCCCCCUGGUGCUCCCCACUUCGGAGGAAUUUGGGAAGCCGCCGUGAAAUCGGCCAAGUCGUUGCUUUUACGUGCCAUGAAUUCCCAAGUUUGGACGUUAGAGGAAUUCACAACGGUGUUAUGUCGGGUAGAGGCUGCUUUGAACUCGCGUCCUUUAGUACCAGCAUCAUCUGAUCCAAAUGACUUAGAGUGCUUAACACCCGGUCAUUUUUUAGUUGGUCGUCCUCUGAUGUCAAUUCCGGAACCUGUGUUGGACAGUGCGCAAACGGGACUGCAGACUCGCUGGAAGCUCCUCCAGCAGUCUUUCCAGUACUUUUGGCGACGUUGGUCUCAAGAAUAUCUAAAUACCCUCCAAGUUCGUGGAAAGUGGACUAAAGAUAGCAACCACGUCGAAGUUGGUAAUAUGGUGGUAGUAAAAAUUAGCGAUACCCCCCCUCUUACUUGGCCUUUAGGUAGGAUGAUUGAGGUGUAUCCGGGCACAGAUAAUAUAGUGCGGGUGGCAAAGGUAAGGACCAACCAGGGAGUGUUCACUAGACCAGUUGUAAAGUUAGUACCGUUACCUACAGAAUUGUAA